AUGGAAUGCAAGAUGGGAACAGUUAUGGAGGAAGAAGCAUUAGCAGUAAGAGCUGCGCUUGUGAUGGCCAAAGCUGCAGGAUGGACAAAAAUAGAAGUCCAAUCAGACUGCAAAUCCGUGGUCGAUCAAAUUAAUGCAAGCAGUGUCCAUGACAUUAGCAUUGCAACAGUCUUAGAGGACAUUGAGGAGCUGAAGAAAGAAUUUCAAGAGUGCAACUUUUCUUUUGUGUAUAGAACAGGCAACACGUGUAGCCAUACACUAGCUCAAAAUGCAAUUAAGCUAGUACAUGACAUAGAAUGGAACAAUGAGUUUCCGGUAUGGCUGAUGGAUAUGGCUCGGAAAGAUAUGAGGGCAAUUGCCCCGUUUUGUAACUAA